AUGGCGCCUGUUAACUACCGCUCCGACGCUGAGAUGACAUGGCGAGAGGACACGAACAUCGGAGCCAAAAAUGAAAGUCUUGGCUGUCAAUUCUGCCCGCGCAAAUUCCCGACGAAAACCAAGGCGGCACGCCACGAGGAAAGCCACGAUUUAAUAAGAAGAUGGGGAUGUCGUCAUUGCGCUAAGCAGUACAAAGAUAAGUAUGAUGUAAAAAAGCAUCUCUGCUCCGCGCACGGACACAACAACGAAAAUUGGGAAGAGGGUGCGCGAUAUAUUGGGACCGACAUUGAGCCACCGAUGAUCGGGCCGGUUAAAACACGCCGACCGAGAAAAGCUUUGGCUCCUCUGGCUCUCAAUGCCACCUUGGACUCUUGUUCAAAAAAUAAUUCGAGCUUUGUUGUAAACGCGCCUGCAAACCAAUUCGGCUUCUCGAAUUCCAGUAAUCAACAAUCAUCUUCUGGUCCUUUUUUGGAAGAAGCGGGGCAACUCGUCCUUUCUCGGGCUCAGGUGGAGGUUCAAGUGGCGGAUUUGGAUGCAGCGCCUUCGGUAGCAGCGGCGUCAGAGCCUUUGGGUCAACUUCAUUCGGUGGCAGCUCAGCUUUCGGCUCAUCCGCUUUUGGUUCAAGUGGCGAGUUUGGAGGCAGCGCCUUCGGUAGCAGCAGCGUCAGUCCCUUUGGCUCAACUGCCAGUUGAAGUGAUGAUAUUUUCAAAACUAAUUCUACCACUCUCUGCGUUUGCUCUUGAAACUGCAACGGGAGCGGCAAACUUUGUCGAGGAAUACGUCGAGAUUUAUUCCCUCUGCGCCGAAACCGAGCUGGGAUUUCACCAAGAAACCGAUGAAAUGUCCCAGGAGCUAAUGGCUCAUAUCGGGGACGCCUGCGAUAAUUUCACGAGAACCUACAUCUGCAUGGAUUACCAACCUCCAGAAGGCUUUUCAGACCUGAAAAAGCCCGAAAAACGCGCUUCUUUUCCCGAAAACACCCCGAAUUUCUUUGUCUGA